AUAUUACUUACAUCAUUGAUGUCCUACAUCUUGAUUAACAUAGAUUCAGAUGAGUCCAGUCACAUGUUGCUUUAACUACAACAGUAGCUCACGAUCACAGUGACUCGUUAUAAAUCUGGGCGCUUAAAAGUCUUAUAUUUGCAUUUCAGAAGUAACAUCGCUGAUAAAGUCCAUUGUAAUCUAUUAUCAUCAGUUUUCCGUGCGGUAGUUUCCAGAGUGAUGUUGCUAAGACCAUUGCUCUAAAAACCGUAAAGCAUUUUUGACCACUCUCGCUAAAAUAAAAAUUGACCACUAAAUCAGGGUCAAACACAAAUUCCUGCCAUUGUCGGUAUAAGUUGUACACUGUUUCAGCUUCCUCGCAGGACGCCGCUGUGACAGCCGCUCGCUGCUCUAUAGCCAUUUUCCCGUCGACUCCGCCACGUUGGUUCCCUGCGUGAGUGUCGCAUUCUCCUGCGCAGCGCCAACGUUAUGUUUGUGCUGAGGCGGGAAAUGGCGUCGGCAGACAUGGUUGAUGUGUGACUAGCUACCGAGAGACGGACACAGCUGGCAGCAACCGCCACGGCUCGACACCCACUGGUGGCCGCCACGGUCGCGGCCGAGAGCUGACAACGCUGCGGCAGGUUUUAAAGAGCUUCCUAGAUCGUCGCAGAUUUUUCUAUGUGACGUUGGAGCAUGAUGAGGCUGAGAGUGCGUAAAGCUCCUCAGCAGCCGAACCCGGGCCGUCAAACCCACCCGCCCCAGGCCAAAAGGAAACACUGUGAAGUGGCGCCAUCACCAGUGAGAGGUCGAGGCAAAAUGCAGAAGAAUGAAACAGGCCUUUUCUCCACUAUAAAGAAAUUUAUUCGUGGAAAUGCAGUUAAGGUGGAUCAGGAUAUUCCUGCAAAGAGGAGUCGUAUUGAUUGCAAUUCUGAUAGCAAUCUCAUUACUUCAACACCACAGACUAGAGGCCUUUCCAAUAAAUCAGUCUCCAGAGUUUGCCGCAAAAGUCAGAACAAAGACACUAUGACCUGCAACAGUAAACCCAUGAAACCAAAUGGUAAAUUAGAUGCCCCUGUCGAGGCAGCAAGCAGCCCACCUCGCACUACCCUUCUUGGAACCAUCUUCUCACCUGUCUUCAACUUCUUUUCACCAGCAACUAAAACUGCCACUCCUGGUUCAGACUCUCCUGGCCAGGCGAUGGAGGCUGAGGAAAUCAUGAAACAGCUGGACAUUGAGCAGGCUGAAGAAAUGCCGAGCAGCACUCUGACAUCAACAGAAGGCAUCACUCCUUGUCACAAUGCCCUGAUGUUGCCACAAAGGCUUCAAAUUUCCUCAGAAACGACCAUAGAAGAGGGAGAGAUUGUCACUGAGACUGAUAUGCCCCCAUUAACAGCUCCUGGUUGUAUGCCAGAUGGAAAUUACUCACACACAUUACCCUCAGUUCCUCCAGAAACAACAUAUGAUGAGGACUGGGAAGUUUUUGAUCCGUACUUCUUUAUUAAACACGUGCCUCCACUGACAGAAGAGCAGUUAACGCGCAAACCAGCACUGCCUCUGAAAACACGCAGCACACCAGAGUUUUCUCUAGUCUUGGAUCUGGAUGAAACUCUGGUUCAUUGUAGUUUGAAUGAGCUAGAAGAUGCAGCCCUGACAUUCCCUGUGCUCUUUCAAGAUGUAAUAUACCAGGUGUAUGUUCGAUUGAGGCCCUAUUUCCGUGAGUUUCUUGAGUGCAUGUCUCAAAAGUAUGAGAUUAUUCUCUUCACUGCUUCGAAGAAAGUCUAUGCUGAUAAGUUGCUCAACAUCCUUGAUCCAAAAAAACAGUUGGUCAGACAUCGUCUAUUUCGUGAACACUGUGUGUGUGUUCAAGGAAAUUAUAUUAAAGACCUAAACAUCCUAGGUCGAGAUCUUGCCAAGACAAUAAUAAUCGACAACUCACCCCAAGCCUUUGCUUAUCAGCUUUCUAAUGGAAUCCCAAUAGAGAGCUGGUUUGUGGAUAGAAACGACAAUGAGCUUUUAAAGCUUGUCCCUUUCCUUGAAAAUCUUGUGGAUCUUAAUGAAGAUGUCAGACCGCACAUCCGAGAACGGUAUCGUUUGCACGACCUCCUUCCUCCAGACUGAAGGUGUCAUGUGUGUCUUGGAGUUAAAGAUCAUCAACUUUGGAAAAAAAAAGAAGCCAGAAGGAUACAUUCAAUGGAUGUCUCUCUGCAAUUGAAACAUUGCCAUUAUUAUUUUAAAAUCAUGCAAAAAAAAAAAAGCUAUGUCCGAGUCAAAAGUCCCUGGAUGUUUUCUACUUGCUCACUUGAACCAGACUGAGAACAAAAAGCUGCUUGUUGCAGCAGGUUCUUUACUUAUUGCUCGCUUCCUUUUAGUGCGACUUUGGAGAAGGCCUGGAAGGUGUUCUGUCUUUUAAGAACCAUUUUGGAUUGAAUGUCAUGCAGUCAUGCAAUGUUGGAUGAUAUGGACCUUGAGCGGCCAGUCCUACCUGUAUAUAAUAUUCACUCUAUUUACUUGUAAAUAUAUGUACAUAUUUUGUUUCUCUACGGUUUUUAAGUCCAUUUUAUUUUCACUUCCGAUUUUAGUAUGUAUUCUUUGAUUGGGUUGCUUUUAUAAACAAACUGUUAGUGUGUUUGUUUGAAGGUGUUGACACAGCUGCUUUUCUGUUGUAUGCCUGCAUUAUACCUGUGAUGCUUUACUCCAUUACAUGCAGUCGUCUAUAAAAAGGUGCAGUUUAAAAAAAAAAGUAUCUUUGAGAGAAAAAUGUUUCUGAAAUAAUAUUUUAAAGCUAUGUAAUGUAAGCUAGGGUCUCAACUGAAUACAAAGCCAUAACGGCCUAACAAUAAUUUUGGAGGUUUAUAUUUGAGAAUCCAUUUCUGAGUGUGACACCUUGAUGGGAUGGUGGUGGUGGAGUCACGGGUGGGGUUCAGGCAUCUUGCACUUUGACAUCCAGCCCUUUGUAAGUUAAUGUAAAAUCUUGUCACUUUUCUACACAGGUGUGUAUCACCUCAAUUUGUUAUGUGGGGGAGAAAAAAAUGAAAUUGUAGCACCAGCAAAUUGCCAACAUGUUUGCUUUCAAAUCUUGUUUUCCAGGUCUUGUAUGUGGGAUCUUUAUGAUGUAGGAGUCACAAGUUUUAUUGACUAUUGAAUGAUCACUCCUGUUGUAUUCAGUGUUACUCAAUGGUUUCCUUGAAAAUAAAUUCAUUUUUAUACG